AUGCUCGUAGCUUCACCAAGCCGUGCGGUCCCUCAGGGCUUGCCGUCGCCUACGCUCACGAACCCGGACAUGAUUCUACCUGAUCACUACUUCGAUACUACAGCAUUGCCAUUUCCGCAAAGCGAGACGCCUCCCUCUCCUUCAGAGCUGUUGCGCAAGCUUCAAUCGCAACCCGCGCCGUUACAGACUGGUACUGGGCCUCCUCCGAACAACCCAGUCCAUCUUCGAACUGCUUCCAGCUGGCGCACACCGGUCAAUACACUGCCGUAUAUAAAAGAGGUGGACACGCCUAGCAAGCGCAAUUCCUACCAAUGCGACCUGGCUUCUUCUCCCACGUUAACAGAUGCGCCUCUGGACGCAAGUAUGAACAGCUGUAGCCAAUCUGAAGAGAAAAGAUGGAGCGUUGCCUCAAGCUCUGUGUAUAGCGAGGACUUGGGCGACCUUAACUGGCGCAGCUUCGACGGUCAUCACGGCGCAGAUACUGCAGGCAUUGCGCUGGAUCAUUGCGAGGGUCAGAACGAACACCGGCAGGUCGAGAACGGCGGGCGGGUAGACGACAAACGUUGGCCAUGGAGGACAGCGGGAGAUGGGGAUGAGGAUGAGGAAGAAGGAGAAGAAGAUGAGGAUUUCUCUUCGGCAGCGCUGAGCCAAAGAGCGGAGAUAAUCCUAGCGAACGCGAAGAAGAGGCUCAAUCUUAUGGAGGGAAACCUAAGAGGUGCUCGCUCUUCGCUUAUGUUAACUCCUUCAUCAAGCAUGAGAGACAUCAGAUCGGCCGCUGAGCUUUCAUCUCAAACCUCGGCGGUGCAAGAUCCCGACAGUCAGUAUUAUGGAGACACGAGCUUCUUUGCAGCCCAGCAGGGUCAGGAUCAAGCGUUGCGCCCCUAUGCUGUGGGAGGUUUGGGACAUGCUCGCAAUCACAGCGAAUCACAUGUCUUAUCUCCGAUCGAUACCGCAGCAGCAUCGCGCUCGAACUGGGGGGAAGCGCGACCUGCCAGCGCAUUUGGCUCCUUCGGUCGCGUCAAAUCUCCGAUCGAAAGCUCGAGUUUCUCUCGCCCCUAUUUCGUUCGAGGAAGUCGCAGUCAAGAAGUGAUGCGCGUCAGCCGACAGAACAGUUGGGGUUCUCUGCGUGAACGUCCGAUGCGCAAAGAUUCGGCAGGCUCUGUGAGCUCUCCGACAGGCCUCGGCCCCCUCAUGGAAGAGGAAAGGCCGCCCUAUAAUGGGCUGCACCGCUCAGCAUCAACUACAGGCGAUCUGCGCGCUCAGAUGCAAGAGCUGAAAGGACGCAUAUCAAGUCUGAAACAGCGUGCGCGAGAAGAUGGUCUGCGGCGUCGCAGCCUACAGAACCUUCGAGACCCAAGUCCUUUCAAUAAUGCACAGGCAUGGCCUUACGGGGAUGAAGAGAGCAACAGCCGAAUUGCAACUGACAAGAUUGGAUCGGAACUAAUAGUUGGUUGUCCGGUGAAAGACACCACCGAGCCGGCAGAGAAUAACCUUCCACCCAGUACUCAGGAGGAGUCGGACCAGCAUCCGGUCCAGAAUGCCGAGUACACUGAUGGUCGCAACGGACAUGCAAUCGAUGGCCUCAGCAGUAGUGGACAGUACCUCUCAAGACCUGACGAGGAUUACCUGCCAGCCAUGAACGGUUACAAAGAUCAAGACGCUGACAGCAAUGUGGAUGCGGAGAGCGUCUACGAGGAAGCCGAUGACGGUGGAAUCUCACAACCGUUCACUGAGCGGCACGAAGACCGGGCGGACGCAUUCGACUAUGAGAACUUCUUCUUACAUAGCGCCAUGGGGAGUUUCGAUCGAGGCGGUCGAAGGUCAAGCACUAGCUCGACAGACUCUGUGGAGACCACGAAGCCGGUUUCUCCUGGACGUCGGUCGGCUCAUAAAGCCGGUAGUGGGUCGAAAAGUUCCCUACCAACUACGCAUCAUCGCAACCAGAGUGCCGACUCUGUCUCCAGUCUGGCUACAUUCGCCACCGCUGCUGAAGGCCUCGAUCCAGACAACGAGACCGCUACGAAGCCUACUAGACCACAGCGUACGUCUUUCUACUCGCUGCACGGACAGACCCACGCAAUUGUGCUUGAUUCUGUCACCGACCUCGAGCGAGCGGAUUCCGCAAUCAUAAUUCAGGAAGAUUGUACGAGCAGCGACGGGAUGUCCACUCCUCGCGAAUCCAAUAUGGGCAAAGACACUCACACCAUUCAACUUCCACCCUCAGCGACGGUAUCAACUCUGUUAGAUUCGAUACUAGGCCAUCCCGGUUAUCUCAGUCCCGAAGAGAGGCAGCUAAUCUGCAGCCUUGCUGCUAGUUUUGAGCAAGUUUGCUUGCAAUUACAAGGCACUGCAGGUGAUCAAUAUGAGAGGCGAUUGCUAAGGCGACGACUAGAUAGAGCUGGGAGAGUGCUGGAUGGAGAGAUUGAGAGCUGA